AUGCCACGGUUACGGAAAGUGGUACUGAACCUCAGGGAUAACGAAAAACGAGAACAAGACCUCCGCAAGCGCAACCGGGCUGAAUUUGCGAACUCGUUUCAUCUCUUGCCAGCAUCAGUGCAGAGACUUGACCUUGUAUUCUACAAUGAAGCACCCGGAUGUGAGACCUUCGACCCAGUUGACCUUGUUCAAGGGAAAGUGGAGGACCUCUUGAGUGCUCAGUUACGGGGCUUUUCACAGCAGCUUACCUCACUCUCUCUGCAAUACGCUGUUGUAGGGAAAGAGUUAUUCUGGCCUGUUAAUACCGAUGAGAACAGACAGCUCCCAUUUUGGCCGAAUUUAACAACAUUCCGCCUGGAGUAUCGAGACACAAGCCCGUCCGGAGAGUGGCAUUUUGAAACAGGCCGUAUUGAGGAAGUAGAGGAUGCGGGUGCUGUACGGCCGCUUCGUGAGAUGAUCCGGCAUCCAAGAUACCGUGCAAAAGCAGCGGUGGAACGUAUUCAGGAAUUCUAUAUCUCGGCUGGAAGGGCAGCGCAGCGCAUGCCACGGCUCCAAUGUAUGGAUCUGAAGUGCUUUUCUCCUUUGGUAAGUCACGGGUUUGUAUACGAGGUAAAGGGAAAAGCAGCAACAGCAGCGUGGACAGAUCCAGCUGCAUAUGCACCGGCGGAAGGGGUUCUGAAUGUUUGGAGGGAUGCCGCUUUUCAGCAUACUGGCGUGGAAUCCAGUCUAGAGGUUGAGCUGAUAGACAGGACUGGUGCAAUUUGA